AGGAAAUAACAUCGUAGUCUAUGCCCCUGAGCUUGCCCUCACUUCAUCUCGCAGUUUUUGUAUCUUCGGUGAUAGCAAAUGGGGCGCAAUCGACUGGCAGCGAAAUAGUUGUACACGAUCAGGUACUUCCUCUACCUCGCAAUGACGAAAAAGGAUUGCUUUCAUCUUCAGGAACUUUACCAGACUGGAGUGAUGCAAAACGAAAAUCACCUCAUUAUGUUGAAGUACUCUUGGCUGUGGAUGCUGGUGUGGCUCGGCAUUAUGGUCAUCAACGCGAACGAAUUCGAGCUGCUAUGCUUACAUUAAUGCAUGCUGUUAAUUUAUAUGCUUUUCAACUCGACAUCCGGUUAGCUGUAGUAGAUGUUCUUCCAGUACGUGGUUAUAAUGUCACACUCGAACAGUUCCUCGAUUGGCGGCUCACUACAGAAGAUAUUGCCCCUCACGAUGUCGCCAUCCUCAUUCGACACCGAUAUGAAGGAGGUAUAGCUUAUGUGAACGGAGUGUGUAAACGGACUGCUGUAGGCAUUGCUGGGUUCUUUCCCGAAGCUCCGUACGAGUACGCUUCCGUGUUCUUCCAUGAGCUUUCGCAUUUGCUGGGAUUAUCACAUUCAUCUACCGCAGACUGCCAUUGCUCAAAGAAAAAUCGUGGGAAUUGUCUUCGCAUCGAAGGAUUUGAUCAAGAAUGCAGUGCUCAAGCAUUGAUAGACUUAUUGCCGUCGAUAGAGUGCUUAGGAGAACCACGUCGUCUCCCUCGCACUGUUCUACCUAUUUGUGGAAAUGGAAUUGUCGAGCUCGAUGAGGAUUGCGACUGUGGACCGGCAAGAUAUUGUAAUAACGCUUUAUGUGAACCAAGGACAUGUCGAUUUAUCAUUGCAAGAGAAUACUUGUAUACAACAUUCACAUUUGGAGCUGCACUUAUCAUCUGUGGAAUACUCAUUUAUCUCAAGCGUAAAUUCUCAGGAUAUUCCGAGCACAAGCCAGCAGAGAAAGACAAAACAAACUUGCCAUCGUUACACACUCGCCUUUGCCCUCCCGACUCACCAGCUUCAGACUUCAUCAACAGUAUGCAAUCAAAUCAUUUUGCUCUUCCAUCAAAAUCGUCCCGAACAAAUCUGGUACAGCUCCCCACCAUCACGUGCCAGCCGAUUCGACAAGCACCACGACCUCCAAUUCCACUGACUUUAGAUUCACCGAUACCGGUGUGUAAAGAGCCACCUCCGAUGUCCGAAUACGUCCCUAUGAAUCCUCCAAAGUCACUGAGGAUCCUCCCAAAAGAUAGUGAAAUUCGCUUGCCACCGAUCGCUCCGAAGCUCCAGAUUAGUGAUCCAAUCCCGAUAAUAGUAGCUGGCAAAGUAGUAAGCGAACAAGCGCUCAAAAAACCACCUCCCUUGGCAAAGAAACCAUCGCAAGAUUUCAUCUCCUCUCUGGAAGAUACACUUCGAGUGCAAAACCUGGAGCGUAAAACCAAAUUUCCACAAGAAAACAGAACCCCGGCGCUUGCAAAGCCACCACCCCCAGAAAAAGCGGACAAACCAGUCCUGAGACCGUUCCUUGAUGCCACGGAUGAACGGCUAUAUGAUUUACCGCCGGUGGAAUUAUGAUAGUACAAAAUCACUAGGCUACUAAUGGAUUAGGAAUAUACUAGCCUCAAGUAUUUGAAGCACUACGCAAUAGUAGCGUUUUUCUGUCCUUUUCCGUUGAUCUCGUACGAUUACUUCCUUCCAUUACUUACGUGUUGCUUUACGUGUCAUUGUGUAUGUAAAUAUGAACAAACUGAUGCUGUAUUAUUUAUUUUCUUAAAUGUUGUUCAAAUUGCACUGUAGGUGCAUUGUUUGUGGAU